CACGGGGGGCGGUAAUGAGACACCGAAACCACAGAAGAAGACCUGCGAGCCUCCCAGGAACUGAUGACAUGCGGGUGUUUCCAGUCGGACACGGACUGUGGUGCACCGCCUCCGGCUCUCAGGAACAGCAGCUGAACUUCAGGCUCGGUCCAACCCGUCCGGACCGGGCAGCAUGCAGGCGGAGUUCCGGCCUCCCCGGAGGAGAACCCGGGUCUACGAGGACUACGAGGCCCCGCUGCCGCUCAGCCGGAACCCGCAGGACAGGAAGCGGUACCGGGGAGAGCUGCGGUACCGGGGAGAGCUGGUCCACCAGCAGGUCCUGGUCUGCCACCCAGACCACAUCCAGAGCAUCCACAACCAGGGUUACUUCGGAAAAGGCGUUCUGUCUAGAGCCCGACCGAACCACAGCGUCUCUGACCAAUGGGAGCAACACAAAGGUCUGCUUCUACCUGUUGUCUCUCAGUCCAGGUAUGUGGAGCUGCUCAGGUGGGCGGAGGCGGCUCUCUCUUCUCAGGGAUUGGAUGAAGAAGCCGUCAGUCAGACGCUGCUCGCCCUGAGUGAGACUGUGGAGGUGGAGGAGGGCGGAGGAGGGGGGGAGGAGUCUCCAGGGGGCGGAGCCAGAGUCCAAGUGAAGAGGCUGUGGGCGGAGCCUGCAGCAGAGCCAGAGGUUAAGAGAAGCUGCAGGUCCGCUCCACAGAACCUUGAUCCCUGCUCAGAACCGGACUCGGACUCCAGCUCAGACUCGGACUCUGAUCCAGGUUCUGGUCUUCGUGUUCCGGGCCCUGGCUAUGUUCUGGUGGAAUCUGAGUCCCAGGAAGGGGGCGGAGUCAGGGAGGUGAGGCGGAGUCCUCUGGCUCUUACAGAAUACCUGCAGCUCAGCCUGGAGGAGGCCUUCUUCCUGGUCUACAGCCUGGGCGUCCUGUCUGUGUACCUGCAGCAGGAGCCCCUGUCGGUCAUCGAGCUGUGGAGGAAGUUCCGGUCGCUCCGUCCCGACUUCGUCAGCUCGUACGCCGCAUACCAUCACUUUCGCAGCAGGGGGUGGGUCCCUAAAGGAGGAGGCGGGGCCAAGUACGGCGUGGAUCUCAUGCUCUACAGGAAGGGACCGCCUUUCUACCACGCCAGUUACUCGGUGGUGGUGGAGCGGACUGCUGAGACGCUGGGGGCGCCGGCCCUGCGUCCGUUUUCCUGGCGCUCUUUGGCGGCUCUCAGCAGAAUCACAGGCAGCGUCUCUAAGGAGCUGAUGCUGUGCUACAUCAUCUACCCAGCCGACCUGUCAGAGGAGGACCUGCAUUCACCUGCGUGCCUGAGCAGACUGAAGCUUCAGGAAGUGAUCGUCAGCAGGUGGGUUUCCUCCAGGGAGCGAGCAGAGCAGGAUGACAUCUGAUUGGCUGACAGCAGCAGCGGUUCAGGGAUGAAGGUGUGCCUCUGAGGACAGCAGAGGAGCUGCGUCACCUACAGGUGAUGAUGAUGGUGAUGAUGAUGAUGAUCCAGCAGAGGCCAGCAUCGCAGCUCUGAAGGAAAACCUGAUGAUCACGUCAUGGCAGCUGAGACAAACUCUGCAGGUGCUUCUGUCUGAUGUGCAGGACCAGAGAACCGUGGACCCAAGCAGAACCCUAAUACGGUCGGUUCUCACAGAACCUGUGUCCAGGACAGGAAAUCAGCUGUUUGUCAAGUAAAACUUCUGUUUCCUCCAUAAACCCGUGGAUGCCUCCGCCAUGCUGCGGUUAGUAAAGGUGGUUACCGCUGAUAUUUCACCACAUGGCUGUUAAAUGUUAUUUAGUUGUUCAACAUGUCACAUCUGAAAUAAAUGAAACAUUCAGCUUCA